GCUCGACUUGUCUUGGCAGUGGGGACACCUCCGAGCUGCCGGUGGGGAGGCUGCCGGCAAGAAGCAAAGCAGCAGGUCUGCCGACCGGCAACGGGUGGCCAGGUGAGGGCAGCGCUGUGUACCCGCUUUGGAGUAUCUGUUAUUUUAAGUGGUGGUUUUAAGGAGAGAACAUUCCAAAGGAAGUUUCUUUGAAGUUUGGCAGUUUUCUCUCCGGUUAUGUGUCCGUGUGGUGCAUGCUGGACCUUGGCGCUGCAAACCUCGUUGCAAAGAUAAAUCAACCCUCGACAGGCACGGAACUACAGCGAGCUCACGAUUUGCACUUCGUACAGGAUUUUACACACACAAAAACCUCGGAUGCAGUCUGGGCACCUGAAUGAAACUUGGAUCGCUCUCACUGGAGACUGGCGAGAGCAAAGAAUGUAGCAGUGUCAGGAAGCUUGGUGUACUUGAGAACAACUCGUGGACAGACAGACUGCGGCGGUCAGAGGAGAAACAACGGUACCUGUCACACAACAGCCAGGUGUUGGAUAAUGACAUACAGCAGAACACCACCAAGGAAUCGCUCACAGUUCACUCUGAAAAGGGUUCUCUGUUCAUCAUGUGAAGAAUACUGCCUUGCUGCAAGGAAUAUUUAAUUUUUUGGGAGUGCCGCCAGUGAUGGAUGCUCAGGCCACGUCGUUCUACGCCCACCCGCAGGCUGCCCUGUACGGGCGGGAAGGUGGAGGGUACGGGUCAGGGGCGGGGGGAGUGGGUACAGUAACGGCCAACGCCGCGUACACGUCACAACCCCCCGCCUGCUACUACGCCCGCAACUCCGCGCCCAUGAUGUUUGGGGGUCAGCCCAUGUCCGUGGUCGAACACGUCACCAUGGGGCAGCCGCAGGGGGUUGGGGUCGGGGUGGACACCGGGGUCAUGUCGCCAGGUGACGGGUCACCGGCGGACGGGUACACCCUGACCCACUCCCACCUGCACCACCAGCACCUGGCGCACCCACACGGAAGCGGCUCUCUGCAGCAACAGCAGCAACAACAGCAACAACCGCAACCGCAUCCGCAGCAGGUGGGCGGCUCCCGCUUGUCCGCCCAGCCACAGACACGGAUUGUUGGUCAGCAGCGGACAGUUGCUGAGUCCGGUCCCCGCGCAUGUGCAGAACGCAAGCAUGCCGCACGUGGCUCUCCUGGGCGGCGAGACCGGACUGAACUCCUCCGCAUCCUCCUCCUCGCCCUCCUCGCCUCCACCCGUGGGAGUGCAGCCUCCGCCUGCCCACUCGCAGCCCUGGGCAACCAGCUGCCCACCCUGGGUGUCGUGGGGCCCCAGUCGGCCAGCACCCAGGAUCACGGGGGUGGGCAGCAUCAGCAACAGGCGCUGCAGUUUCCCUGGAUGAAGACCACGAAGUCGCAUGCUCAUCAGUGGAAGGCGCAGUGGCCAGGUGCCCAGUUCUCGCUGGAGGACGAAAACAAGCGCACGCGCACGGCGUACACGCGCGGCCAGCUGCUGGAGCUGGAGAAGGAGUUCCACUUCAACAAGUACAUCUCUCGCCCGCGCCGCAUCGAGCUGGCCGCCAUGCUGAACCUGACGGAGCGCCACAUCAAGAUCUGGUUCCAGAACCGCCGCAUGAAGUGGAAGAAAGACGAGGCCAAGCGACGCCCGCGACCCCUUCCGGCCACCUCCUCCACCACCUCCUCGUCGUCGUCGCCACCCGCCAGCCCGGCCGCCAGUCCCCGCAAGGAUCGCGACGACGAUGACCACGAUGACGACGACGACGACAACAACCACAGCGCAUGCGCAGAGGGUGGCGCGCGGGUCAAGGCCGAGAAGCGGUGCAGGGACUCGGAGGGCGUGGAGAACGGGCUGCUGAAGCGCGUGCGGGUCGUCCAGGAGGAGGAGAAAGACGAGAAGAACUUUGAUCUCAAGCGGUUGCAGUCCACGUGAUCUCGGCCUGAGUUCGUCAAGCUGAGAUGUGAGGAGAGGGAGAGGUGGAGUUAGUGUGGUGGUGGGAGGGGGAACGUCGAAAGGAUUCCACCCGCGUCAGGUGUCACGUGGGUAGGUGGAUGAGGAUGGGUGUGGGUGUAUGUGCUCGUGUUCCCGUGUGUAGGAGAGAGUCCUCGAUUGGGUGACUCGCGAAACCGAGACUGAAACAAGGUGUCAUGACACUCGCUGCCAAUGUAACAAGACAGGUGUUGGCACUGUGACAAGACACAAACUGACCACGUCAACUGACACAUAAACAAAACAUAUUGACACUGUAAAGACACGUUGCUGGUAUUGUGACACGUGUUAAAACAUGACACCGCCUGAUGGCCGUGGACACUAUCACAUCUGUACUCGCCAUGUGCUUACAAUGGAUCUACCAGUAAUGUGUGUUCGUGACAUCACAAGACAUUACAAGGUUGUAUACAUUACAUUCCUCAACAGACACCACAUCAACUCUCUAUUUUUGUUUUUGUUCAUGAGUUUUAGCGACUGAUGUGUCUUGUAGGUGACCAUCACAGUCCUGCGAAGACUAACUCCCAUGGAUGCAUACUUUAAAAAAUUGAAGCCUUGGGUAAAAAAUGUGGAGCAAUGGCGCAAGCUCUUGUUGUCCUAACAACCACCACUGACGCAUCUCCCUGAUGAAGACACAUCAACCAUCAAAUAGACCGGCGAGCAGCAAGGAGCAUGACGGAGAGACACAGACAGUUCUUUAGAUGUGAGUGAACUUUGCCUUCAGACCUGUAAUGUUUGAGAAAAGUGCGUGCAGGACAAGUAUCCCAGAUGGCGAUGUGCAGCAGGUAAGAUGCUGAGUUUGCAGGUGUCGCUCGGUGUAGCGAGGGUCGCUCGUAACGCGAGGUUAGUGCUCCGUGCGACCUUUGCUGAAACUUAGCGACUUUGUGACCUGUGACACCUAGCGACUUUUUUACUUACCUGUGAACUUGUCAUCAAAACAUCUAUUUGGUCUAAGGUAAAUAAAGACCAUUUCGUGUCAUGUGUGGUGGCAGUAUCCUUCCCUUUGAACAUUUGUAAACUUGAAGAGAGAAAAUUAUUUUAUCGUUCUAGAUUCUAGAAUUAUCUUCCUUUCUUUUCCACGAUUUAUGUGAAAACAUGUCUGUACGUGUGUAUGUGUGUGUCAAGGAAGGAUUCUGUUCCCAGAUAGUCUGCAAUGUACAAUGUCCUAAUUAGCGAAAUAUAUUUUUCUGCAUUCGCACACAGCUGUAGCAGAUUCACCGUAGAAUAAAUUUCACAAACCAGUGAGGGCUAAUGUGCAUGAAAUCUGUACAGUGUGUGAUAACUACAGCAAGAAGCCACAACUGCACAAAAAUUAAGAACCCCUACUACUCUGCCCACACACUCGCACGUGCGUUUGUAAAUGGGUGGCGAAGCAGUCAACACAUUAUUUACACAAUCUCAUGUUUUCACAAAUUUCAAGUGUUUGCUCUCUCUCUCUCUCUUUCUCGCACGUGAUCACAAAGUUCCAACAUUAGCGCCAGAGACAAACCUCAUCCUUUUAUUUUUUCUUCGUGCAUGCCAGUUUUUUUACCUGACCAACGCUAAUCAAACUGAGCUGUUGCUACAUUUUCUUUUAUGGUUUUCUAUAAAUUCUGAUUGUAAACAAAAUGUGCAUUUUACUCUGAAAUUCCAGUUUAGUCAGAUAUUUAAUAAGCGCGAGAGGUAGACUACCAACAUCCGAAACAGAAGGGUCAGAUUACCAGGGACUAUCACCCUUGCAGUGAUUUCUUGUGACUGGAUGUGAAGUGAUCAGGGAGUCAGACAUAUGUGUGUGUGGAGGGUGGAGAGUUUUGCUGACUGUUCCAGAGAACUCCGAGCACAUAAUCACUGGCAAGGGUGGGUGGGAUCUGGGGCUGAACUGGGGACAAAUUAUGCUAAAGAAAGAAAAAAAAAAAACAUCGCUCACCGCAUUGCCGAUGCUUGGUAACACACACACACCAAAACCGUUGCAACACC